AUGACUAAUUUAUUUAUCAUAGAUGAAAUAUAUACUAGUGGAUUUAAAACUAGUGCUUUGGAUAUUGUUUCCAUAUUGGCCAUAUUAUGUGCCAUUCUGACAAUUGUCAGUAAAAACCCUAUAGUUUCUGUUUUAUUUUUAAUAGGAUUAUUUGGAAUGGUAUCUUCUUACUUAAUAUUAUUAGGUUUAAAUUUUAUAGGUUUAUCUUAUUUAAUUGUCUAUGUCGGUGCUGUCUCUAUAUUAUUUCUGUUUAUUUUAAUGUUAAUUAAUAUUAGAGUUAGUGAGUUACAAAGUAAUACUAAAAAUAGUAUACCUUUAGCUUUAUUUAUAACAAUUUUAUUUAAUUAUUUAAUUUUCCAAUUUUUACCAUAUGAUUUAGCUAUUUUAAAUAAUUCAAACCACAGCUCCGCCUUAAAUAAUGUAUUAUAUCAUACUUCAUUCAAUGGUAUUUCUGACUAUAAUAAAAUAUUCAAUAGUUUUGGCUCGAACUCUCAAAUAUCAAAUGUAGCUAAAGAGGGAAGUUCUGAUCUAUUUUUUGCUACAAGCAGUAGUUGAGAUGGUAAUUUAAUCGAAACAAGUCAUAUAUCUAGUAUAGGGAAUAUAUUAUAUACAAGUCAUAGUAUGUGACUAAUAUUAACAAGUUUUAUUUUAUUAUUAGCUAUGAUAGGAGCAAUUGUAAUUACAAUAAAACAAAAAAACAAAGGGAUUAGCUCAAUGGUAGAGCAACCGUUUUACACACGGUAG